AUGCCUCCUCCUUUCAGUCUUAAUCUCACCCGUCAUAUGGAAUGGUCAAUCAUCCACACCAUCCUCUGGGACUACGCUCUAGCCGGUAGCUCCUCAGCCGUGCAAGCCAAACUAGUGACAUACGCCCAACGUGCCCUAGCCGACGCCCACGCCCUUCCUCCAGACAGCAUCCUGCCGCCUCUAGGCUAUGCCUCCUCCAUCUGGAACCAGCCAUACAUCUUUGCUUAUCGUCCUCCCGACACUAAAAGCUGGCUCACUCGCUACCAUCUCAAACUCUAUUCUCAGUGGGCUCCCACUUACUUUCCGCUGAACGCCCAAUUGUACAAGAGCCACACCAUUACUCUCUCCAACGCGUCUCGUGCCUCCCCUGGCGCUUCCACCACCCCCCUUCCACUGCUUCCGCUUGCCGCAGAAGUUACGCCUGGCUCCUCCCAGGAGACACCCCACUCCAAAUCCCCUGACUCCGAAGCUACCACUCCUUCUCCCCCUCAGGAAACCCAUCAACCUCCUCCCGCUUCGCCCAACUCAGCCUACAAAGCAGCUAUGGCAACCCUAUUAGCUGGUUCUACACAUGCGGAUCCCACAGCCGAAUCUCCGGCCUCCGACAAUCUCAAAACUAUGUUCGAUAAAGCUGCCGGCUCCACUCGCAAACGCCUUCAAUUUCAAGACAACCAGCAAGAAUGCAUUGAUUUGUCUACCCAACCAGACCCUGAAGCCCCUCCGUCCAAGCAGCCCAAACUGUCAGACGACUCGCUACCCAUCUUUAACCCACUCGCAGCACACUCCACAGUCGAACAGCUUUCCACAACUCACCCCUGGGCCAUCCCAGCGGCUCGCCGUGACGCCACUCCGCUUCCUCCGUCACCAGCAAACUCCACCGAUCCACCCGCUUUCCUAGCUUUCUCCCAACUUCACUCCCAGUCCACAGCUCUCGCAACAGAAGCUAAACCGGAAGCCGUCCAAUAUUUCUUUUCCCACAAACUCAUGGCGACCCCCGCCGCCCCUACUCGAGAUGUAGUUCGAAUAGCAAGUUUCUUCACAGCCACCAUAUUUCCCGACUCUCUCACAUUCACUACAUGCCAGUCUUCAGCGCAUCGCCUAGAUCCCUCCAACCACAUUGUUCCAGGCUUCCUCGAGGGCGAUUUUCUUGCGAAGCUCACAGCUGCUCGCGGUAAAGAUGCCAAGACAUCCACCCAAGUCAAAGCUCUUCAAACGUGUCUUAAACAGCAAGCACGCGAAGGCGCUCGACGUACCGAACUCCAAGGACCCAUCUGCCGUUGCGACCCCACCUUUUUCGACACCAAUAUUACUCAGGCCAUCCAGAACAUGGCAUUCCGCCCAGCCUCCAUGAUAGUAGACAACAAUGACGAUCUCACUGACGGUUCCCUUUCCGUCUUCCAUUUCAUUCGGUCUCUCCACAACGACAGCGACCAAGCUUCCCCCCGCAUCCCUGCGAAAGAGCUCCAAGCCAAUGCUCUCGCCGACAUAGCAUAUAACAUGUUCUUUCUUUUUCACUUAUUCACCAUGGAUUGGUCUCUCACACACAUCCUCAGUCCCGGUCACAGCCCCUUCUCUCGCUUCUCCAUCCUGGGCGGACAGUUAUUAUUUUUCGCCGACAUUUUCAAAGAUCGAUCCUUUCAAAAUAACUGGGCGACCGCUCUGUCCACGGAUGACCGCCUCCGAGCCACACAAGCCGCCUUUGCUGCUCUAGACCAGCUGUUUGACAUCUUCUACACCUGGCACACACCCAAAUUUGCACCCGACACGACAUUCCUCCGUGGAUGCCGCAACUCCACCACCAACUUCCCGUUUCUCAUUCACUGUGUCACUGAUGCAUCUACACCGCUCCAAACCGCCCUCCUCGACUGGCGCACACAGUUAGGGUCUACAUUCACAAUUGCCCAACUCCAACAAGGUAUCCCACGUGACGGAUUCUUCUCAGUCACCCUCCCUGAUAUAGUACUCCCGUCUAAACGACAAGAUCAAUCUACCACCUCUCGUCAUUCGAACGAUUCUCGUUCCUCUAACCGUCAGACCACACAGUCAUCCAACUGUGACUCUACUUCCUCUCGACGCCAAUAA